CUAGUGUGCUCCUUUCUAGCACCUACAACAGCACUCUUUGCCGCUCAUACUGCCGCCGAGCUCCUUUUCCCCGCCGCCAUCAGCGCUUCGCGCGCUUGCUUCCUCCGUAGCCAUGGCAGCUUCCGCGAAGCUUGCCGCGUUUCACGCGACGUCGUCGCCGUGUCUCCAUUACAGCACCGCUGGCGUGGAGGAUUCUCAUUUAUCCGCCUCGCUCGCCUCUUCCGCUUCGUCCGCUUUCGCUACAGGCCCGUUGUUCCGCCGCAUCGCUCCCCCCCACGUCGCUUCCUACUCAUUCCGCCGAUCCGCUCUCCGCCCCCCCGCCUAUUCCGCCCGCGCGGAGAGUAGAACAGAUAGGAGAGGCGAGAGAAGAGGCGAGAGAAGGGGAGAGGCGAGAGGAGAUGAUAGCAGGGCGAGCAUGAUUGCAAGAACUGGCAGGGAAGCAAGGGGGGGGGGGGCGGAGGAGCAGCAACUUGACGACGAUGACACGAGGCAGGGGCAACGCGAGAGCCCGCGGUCAGAGGCGCACGGGAGGGCUCCCAAGGGAGUGGCAGUCACGAGACGGCAAGUGCUGGCGUCUGCUGCCGCCGCGGCUGCUGCAGGGGGGAUAGCUGACCGGGCAGCAGCAGCAGGGUUACUGGUUCCUGGAGGGGGGAGAGGGAGGGGAGGAGGGGAUGGGUUCGGGUUUGUCGAGGGGGAGGAGAGCGGGGGAGUGGGGGGGAAGGGGAGGGGGGGAGCGGGGACGAGUGUGGGGUCGGCGCUGGAUAGCUUAUCGGAGCGCGUGUGCACAUUCACGCUUGCGAACGGCAUGCGUUGGAUUGUAGUGGAGCGGCGGGCGGCGCCGAUUGUCUCAUGCCACACGUAUGCGGACGUGGGGGCGGCGGACGAGGCGGAUGGGAGCACUGGGGUGGCGCAUCUGUUGGAGCAUCUGGCGUUUAAGGGCACGCCCGUUAUAGGAACGAGGGAUGCUCAGAAGGAGGCUCGGCUGCUGGAGCUUGUAGACGAAGCGUUCUACGAGCUAAAGGAGGCCAGGGAGGGCGCAGCAACAGAGGGCACAGUCAAGCGACUGGAGGAUGACUUCGCUCGCCUGCAGCAGCAGGCAGCCGAGCUGUCCGUUCCAAACGCCUUCGGCGCUCUGGUGUCCCGAGAGGGGGGUGUGGGGCUCAAUGCCACUACCAGCCAGGACUCAACACAGUACUUCGUCUCUCUGCCCGCCAACAAGCUCGAGCUCUGGAUGGCGCUGGAGAGCGGCCGUUUCUUGGCACCCGUGUUCCGAGAGCUGUAUAGUGAGAAGGAGGUGGUGAGGGAGGAGCGGCGGCUGCGCAUUGACAACACGCCCUACGGCCGAUUCACCGAGACCUUUGCUCACAUGGCCUUUCCCACCAGCCCCUAUGGCCGACCUACGAUUGGAUACCCGUCUGACUUUGAUCGCCUUGGAAGGAGAGAGGUGGAGGCGUUUUUCCAGCAGCACUACACACCCGGCAAGCUCACAUGCGCCGUGGUUGGGGACGUGUCAGCACAUGAGGUGGAGCGCCUAGCAACAAAGUACUUCUCCCCUUGGCAACCCGCCUCCCCCCCCUCCCAGCCCAUCCCAGCCCUCCCCUUCUCUCUCGCCUCCUCCUCUCCCCUCCUCCUCGCUUCCACUUUCCCACUCCCCCUCUCCUCCUCCCCUGCUCUCUCCUCCUCCCUUCCCACCCUCACUCCUCCCUCCUCCUCUCCCUCUCGCGCCUGGCGAUCAGCCAGCAGGGAGGAGGGGUGGGAGGCAGCAAGAAUGGCUGCCGCUGCUGUUGGGGGGGAGAGGGAGAUGCGCAUGAGUGUGGGCGCUAACCCGCUGUAUUUUGAAGGCUACUUUCGCCCCUCCUCUGCAUCUGUAGACGACCCGAUCAUAUCUGUCAUCAGCUCGUUGCUCUACGGCUCACGAUCCUCGCGACUCUACAAAAACCUUGUCCUACCUGGCAGGGCGCUCUCAGCCAGUGCCACCGAGACCUAUCCCGGGGAUAAGCGGCCAGGGCUCUUCCUGCUAUCAGCCUUCCCUCCCCUCGGGGGAACCACAGACGCAGUAGCCGCAGCCCUGCAGGAGCAGCUGCAGCACAUGGCGGAUAGCCGCGUGCCCGACAGUGAGCUUGCUCGGGUCCGCAAGUCGCUUCGUGUCGGCUUUCUGGAACUUCUUGGCAGCAACUCAGGACUGGCUCGGGUGCUGUGCGAGUACUCAACCCGUGCUGGCAGGUGGGAGGCGUUGGUGGAAGAGGUGCAGCGGAUAGAGGAGGUCACUCCCAGGGAUGUGCAGCAGGUGGCGCGGCUGCUCUUCUCACCUGACAUGCGCGUGACAGCGCAUGCUGUCAGCGCAUAACUAUGGUAGUGCACAUGAUAUCAGUGGGUAAUCAUCUAAGACAAGGGCAGGUGGGAUGCGGUAGUGGAGGAGGUGCAGCGGAUACAGGAGGUCACUCCCAGGGAUCUGCAGCAGGUGGCACGGCUGCUCUUCUCACCUGAUAUGCACCAGUGCACAGCUCCUGUUGUUAAUGCAUGAUUGUGGUGUUGAAAGGAGUUUAAGCCUAGAAGCUAGCUAGGCAUGAGAAAAUGUCGAGAGGUUUUAGCUAGGGAGUAAAGUUACGAGAGAAAAGGAGGGAUGGACUAGAAGAGCGAGAGAUACAAGAAGGGGGGGUUUGUCCUCUCUACUGUAGGAUUCACAAUCUGUACAGCACCUACCAAGCCUACACCAAAUAUAUAUGUAUACAAUAUAUGUAAUUUGACACA